CCACCGCCGGACCAGCCGCUGCUGCUGUUGUCGGCGGGGCAGCUGGCUCGGCGCAUCCGGCGCCGGGAGGUGAAAUGCACUGAUGUUGUUCAGGCUUAUAUCAAGAGGAUUGAGGAGAUAAACCCGCUUGUCAAUGCAGUUGUCAAGGCCAGGUUUGAUGCAGCCCUUCAGGAGGCCCACCAUGUUGACAAACUGCUCUCGGAAGGUCAUGGAGAUGAAGAUUCCCUGCAGGAAAAAUUUCCCUUCCUGGGGGUUCCUUUCACCGUCAAGGAGGCCUUCGCGCUGCAUGGGAUGCCCAACACCUCUGGCCUGGUUAGUCGUCGCAACUUGAUCUCCACUUCAGACGCUCUGGUGGUGUCACGGUUAAAGCAAGCUGGUGCAAUUCCACUAGGUGUGACCAAUUGCAGUGAGCUGUGCAUGUGGUAUGAGUCUAGCAACAAUGUCUACGGCAGAACGAACAACCCAUAUGACCUGCAAAGGAUCGUGGGUGGCAGUUCAGGUGGUGAGGGCUGUGUCCUGGGAGCUGCCUGCUCCGUAAUUGGGGUGGGCUCAGAUAUCGGCGGCAGCAUUCGGAUACCUGCUUUUUUCAAUGGAGUCUUUGGACAUAAACCCACCACAGGAGUGGUCCCCAAUGAUGGUCAGUUCCCCAAUGCUCUGGGGGUGCGGACGGAGUUCCUGUGUACGGGUCCCAUGUGUCGCUAUGCUGAGGACCUGGAGCCCAUGUUGAGGGUCAUGGCUGGGCCUGGAGUCAGAAAGCUAAAGCUGGAUGAAAAAGUGUUGCUGGAGAAGGUAAAAUUCUACUGCAUGGAGCAUGAUGGUGGUUCAGUUUUCGUGUCCCCUGUGGACAGGGAAAUUCUUCAGGCCCAGAGAAAGGUGGUGGAGCACCUGGAGACUCAGUGUGGGGCCCAAGUUCAGUAUGUAACAAUCCACAAGAUGAAGUAUGCUUUCCAGAUCUGGUCUGCUAUGAUGUCUUCCCGUGACAGUGAUGGGCAGGAAGCACAGCUGUUCACAGACCUGCUUGGAGAUCAUGGGAAGCCCGUGUGGCCGCUGUGGGAGCUGAUGAAAUGGUUCCUGGGGAUGUCUUUGCACACCAUCCCUGCCAUUGCCCUGGCACUGACAGAGAAGCUGAUGAAACUCAACCCUGGUGGGAAUGCGAAGCGGAUGAGCAUGGGCCACAACCUGCGGACUGAGAUGAUGAACUUGCUUGGGACUGAUGGGAUGCUUUUGUACCCUUCCCACCCCAUAGUGGCACCUAAGCACUACUUUCCCUUGGGGAUGCCUUUCAACUUUGCGUAUACAGCUAUUUUCAAUGUCCUGGGCUUGCCUGUCACCCAGUGUCCGCUGGGCUUGAGCAGUGAGGGACUUCCCUUGGGAAUUCAGGUGGUGGCAGGCCCGCACAAUGACCAUCUGACACUGGCUAUGGCUCGAUACCUGGAGAAGGCUUUUGGAGGCUGGGUUUGCCCUGGAAAAUCAUAACAGUGAUUCCUAGGACCCCCUCAUGGCAGGAACACGGAGACAAUCUUUUCCCCAAAAGCUGGCAAUGGGCAUCAGUGCCUGUUUGGAUCAGAACAGUAACACUCCCUCCCAACUUCCUUUCUGGAGCAGUGUGGGCAGGCUAACUCGGCCAGGACCAAGUGCUCAUUCUCCUCCAAUCAGUGGCCAAGUACUACUGCUCAAGCUCAUGUUUUCAACUGGAAUUUCCUCCUCUUCCUGCAGACGAUGAUGGGAAAGGGAAGGAGCGAGCAAGUAUUCCCAGUCAGCUUCUUUCUUUAGGAACCUGAGAGUUCUCAUAGAUUCUGAAUGGAAGGCUCAUGCCCUUCCUGGGGGAGGUGGUAGCAUGUGCCCAGAUUAGGUGGGCUGCCAUUGUGAGACCACUACUCUUUAUUCUCAGUUAUUUUCUUUCUCCGUUAUGUUCGCCUCUUAAAGACAAAGGAAAGUGACAGGAAGAAGGGUCAACUGGACCGUGGUACUAAAGGGUUAUUUAGGGAAUAAUCUUCCAGCAUGGUGCCUACUGGAGAGCAAUGUUCAAAACUCUAAUGAAUGUGUAAACUUGCUUGCUGUGCAGCUGGGGUGCUCUGCUUUCUCAUCUGCUUAACUUAACUGUCCAUGCACAACAGAGUCACUGGCUAUCUGCAGCCCAGCUGAGCUGAGUCAAAGUGAACAGGUUUUUGUAUUUCCCCCACUAACUGUAGAAGGGAAAAGGGUUGCAUGGGGUGUGUUUCUGCUUUAAAGCAUUUAGCGCUAAAGGCAGCGUGCCCAGCCUGGUAGCACCACCUACCGUCCUCCAUGCACAGCUGCUCUUUCGGGGCAAAGGAAGCACUGGUCUUUGACCCGCACACUGACAGCCAUGGAGCUGAAACCGUUUGGGCUCAGAGUGAACUCUUGCUGUGAGAGACCUCCUCUGCUGGGAUCGUUAUUGCACCAGAAAAAGAGAGAAGACAUUUCUCCCAGUGUCAUGAGAUGGCUUCCCUAGCUCUUCCUUUCUCAUCCACUCCAUUGGGACAGUCGAUUGUGGCUAAGCUGCCUACGACAUUUCCCUGGAAGGGAUGAGGGAAAAGAAACGGUACUGCUAGAUGUAGAAUUUUGUCCUCCCUUGGCUCUGGGCCCUGAUUUCAUGUGGCCCCCAAGUGGGCAUGCACAAACACUGUGAGCUACCAGCUGUUUCUUUUGAGCAAUGAUGUAUGUUAUCAAAUGUAAAUAACUCAGCCGGUAUUAAAGAGAUUGCAUCCCUCC